AAUUAGAGAUUGAUCUUCGACCAUUACUUUGAACCAAAAAUCCAAAUUUGAAGAAAAUUUCCGAUCUGAAGGUAUGCUGUAACCUUAAGUGAAACCCCAGCCAAGCAUCGCAAAUUCUAGGCACAACUGAAACUUUACGCUGGUCCCUUCAUCUUGGCGUAAAGUCCAACCAACUUGCCAAUAUGUAUAUGACUGCUGUGCAUGUGUUCUUUUAUUAUAUCUCCUUCUGACAGCAGACCGAAGCAGUCUUACCAAAAACGAAUUAGUCGAAAAGAGGCUCAGUACAGCUAGUUAAAAGUAAAAAGAAAAAACAGUCGUAUUUUGUUGACGACAAAAUGGUGUUGACGUUGUUUGAGCUAGUCGUUGUUUCGUCAAUUACUAAGACAAGAUAUUGCCCGCGAUUUAAACAACACCUUAAUCUACCACGGUAUUUUCACGUUUCACGCUUUGAUCUCCUCAACCCAGAAAGUUAUAACUAUGAGCUCUUUACAAAAUGGCUUUUUGACAGAAGCAAUUCAUUUCUUUAAAUUUUGUUUCAUAGUUAAAAUAACGACUUUCAGUUUCAAUAUGUUUUACAAGAUCGUGAAGGAAUCUACCUAAAACAUUAUGAAUAAAUAAAUGAAUAUUGCCCCCCUAAAAAUUUUCCGCUUUGUAAGACUUUUUCAUUAACCUGUUUUGUUUACAAACAAGCAACCAUAUCAAUAGGUAUAUAGGAGCAUAUACCGUUUAUUUUAUAUGCUGAUGUAGGCCACUUAAUGAAGAGACGACAACGAAGACUAAUUUGCAGCUAGGUUUUGAUAGUUUAGUAUUUUGUUGGCGACUCAAAGUUUCGAUUAUCUCUUUUUCUCUUGUAACCUCAUUGUAAUUCAUUAGCUUGCGAUGAUGAUGAUACCUUGUGAACCUAACAGAACCCAUCAGGCACGCGAGGAAUUGAAAGCCACGUUUUUGCAAUAUCUGUCCCCCUACUUACCACAUUGUGUAUGCUAGGUUUGAAGCCUUAGAACUCUUCUAUACGUCUUUAUAAGCGUUGUUAAGGUUUCCGUGCGCUAAGAAUUAUGAGUAAAUGUUCCAGUCGCCAUGCAUCUUUCAUUUUUUCCCACAGGGGAUUUUGAAAACGUGCAAAGCAUCACGUCUGUACCUAUUAACAAUGAAGAAACCUUGUAGGAAAAAAAAUUGCGACUGGUAGAUUAUUUACCCGUAAUUCCUAACGCACGAAAACUUUAACAACGCUCAUAAAUUAAAGACGUACAGAAAUGUUCUAAAACCGUACCUUUAAACCUAACAUGCGAUGAGAAAGUGGUGCGAGUUAUUUAAGCCAAUCAAUAAGCGUGAAUGUAGUAAUACAAAGCCAAUAAGCAAAAUAAUGCGAAUAUGAAAACCGCGACUAUAUAAAUCACGAUCUUUUUGAUAUCCCAUUAGAUUGAAUAUGAUGCUAACAGUUCACGUCGCCCUAGUGGCAGUUCUUCUGUUGCCCUGUCUCUCCCAUGCUGCUUACCACUACGAUAAUGGAGGCAGCUCAAAACAGUGUUCAUCAGGAAAAUCGUCGUGUGGAGGUGGCUCUGCGCCAGGAAUUCCAGGUAUCCCUGGAAUUCCUGGUCCCGCGGGUCCAGCCGGUAUGGCGGGUCCCCAAGGGAACGAUGGCCCCGCGGGCCCAGUUGGUCCAAAAGGAGACAAAGGCGAUUCAGGAAGUCAAGGGGAUCCCGGCCCCGCAGGCCCCAAGGGUCACUCAGGGCCCCUGGGAGGUAGCUGGAAACAGUGCGUGUUUAAAAAUUUGAAUGACGAAAAGGACAAUGGGUUAAUCAAGGAAUGUCUUUUCGAAAAAAGUUCCGAUAAUACUGGAUUGCGCGUGUUCUGGAAUGGCGCGCUUCGCAUCUACAACUGCGACACCUGCUGCAAACGUUGGUACUUUACCUUUAAUGGUGCAGAAUGUGAUGCGCCCGAGGCCAUUGACGGUGUUGUCUAUAUGAAUACUGGUAAAUCGCCAGUUCAAGAUCUGCACCGCGUCCGCCAGAUUGAAGGAGUGUGCGAAACAGUUAGCAAAGGUACAGUACGCGUGGGAUUCUGGGUCGGUAACUGUCAUGGCUACGGCAGCGUUGACGCCUACACAGGAUGGAAUUCAGUGUCCCGGAUUUACGUCGAGGAGGUUCCGCCCCCGCAGCCUUAGAUGUUUCAAUUUUGAUGAGGUCAAUAAACAGCUCGCAGUCUUUUUUUUCGCGAGAAUUUUAUUACAUUGAUCCAUUGUUUUUCAACAUUAGCAAAUAAUUCAUAGCUAGAACUGGACACCGUUGCUUGACCAAACAUACAUAUAUACUUAAUUACUUAGGCCUCUUCGCGCCAUGUGGUGCACAAGGCGCCCAACAUUUAAAAUGACCUGACAACGAUAGAAGGUUAAGAUUGGUUCAAAAGUAAUGUGACAUGUAAGUACUUCGUCAUUAUAGGUUAGAUUAGUUUAAUCGAUCGGUAUUAAACAGGUUUCCUUAGUCUUUUUCAUACUGGUAAGAGGGAACACUUCAUGAAUGCUAAAAGCAG